AUGACAACCACCGUCCUGAUCACCGGCGCCAACCGCGGCCUCGGCCAGGGCCUCCUCAAGCUCUUCCUCCAGAAACCCAACCACGUUCUCCGCAACCCCAACCACCCCACCGCCCAAGCCCUCCCCACCCUCCCACGGGACCCGACCACCCACCUCAUCAUAACCCCCUACGACGCCAGCCUCGACUCCUCCGCCCAAACCGCCGUCCAGAACCUCACGCGCGCACACGGGAUCACCCACCUCGACAUCGUGGUCGCCAACGCAGGCAUCGCCAAAUCCUACCCGCUCGUCAAGGACGUCCAACUGCCCGAAAUCCGCGAGCAUGUCAAGACCAACGUCCUGAGCGUGGUGGCGCUCUACCAGGCCACGCGGGAGUUACUGGAAAAGUCCACGUCCACGUCCACGUCCACGUCCACGUCCAAGCCGGUGUUUGCGAUCAUGGGGUCUGGGGCUGGGGCUUUGGGCCGCCAGCCGCCCGUGCCCAGCGCCAUGUACGGCGCCUCCAAGGCGAUGGUGAACUGGUACGGGGUGCGCAUCAACGCCGAGGACGCGUGGCUCAACGCCUUCGUGCUGGAUCCGGGCUGGGUGCAGACGGAUAUGGGCAAUGCGGCGGCGCAGGGGUGGGGGAUGGAGGCCGCGCCGACGAGCGUUGAGGAGUCGGUGGGGGGGAUGUUGGAGGUUCUGACCACUGGGACGAAGGAGCGGGUGGGUGGGAAGGUGGUGCUGUAUACUGGCGAGGUGCAGGAGUGGUAGCUGUGGUUUGACUGGUUGGAAGGGUCGCGUGGCAUGUUAGGGCUUUGUUUCUUCUUUCUGUGUGUUUUUGUAUUUCUGGGGGGGUCAGGAUGGUAGGGUCGAGCGUGAGUACGCUGAGUGGGUAGGGAAUUGUUUUCUCAAUGCAUCAGAUUGGAGAAUAGAUAUUGCCUGCAAGA